CACUUAUUGAUAGCUGAUAGGUAGGAAACGGAGUUAAUUGUUUUUCUUAUUAUAUUCUCGUUUAAAGGCAUUCUGGAAAAAUAUUUAACCAUCCAGCUUUUCUAAGAAAAUCAGCUUAAUUAGUUGCUAGAUCAAAAUGACUUUCCAAUCGCCAAUGCCGAGUCGAGAAUUUCUGUGGGACAUUUUUAGAAGGGUUGACAAAGACAGAAGUGGCUAUAUAUCUGCUGAUGAACUGCAACAAGCACUUUCAAAUGGUACAUGGAAUCCAUUUAAUCCAGAAACAGUGCGACUUAUGAUUGGCAUGUUUGAUAUACAAAAUAGAGGUGCUAUAUCUUUCGAAGAUUUUGGAGCUCUUUGGAAAUAUGUUAGUGAUUGGCAAAACUGCUUCCGAUCAUUUGAUCGUGACAACUCGGGAAACAUAGAUAAAGUGGAGUUAAAGACUGCUUUUGCUGCUUUUGGCUACAGAUUAUCUGAUGAAGUUGUAAAUAUAAUGGUGCAGAAAUUUGAUAGAUUGGGACGAGGAACAAUACUUUUUGAUGACUUUAUUCAAUGCUGUGUAACUUUAUAUACUCUAACUUCAGCUUUUCGGCACUACGAUACAGAUCAAGAUGGUGUGAUAACCAUUCACUACGAGCAGUUUCUCAAAAUGGUGUUUGGACUAAAGGUAUAAUAAUGUAACAGCAAAGGAACGGUGUUUAUUUUAGUCAUAAAAGUUGAUAUUUCUCAGUUUGAUACUGUUUAAAUGUAACAACUUUAUCAAAUUGAAGCAUUAAUUGUAACAAUUUAGUUUUUGCACAUAUGAGUAUAGCCUAUUUACCAGACAUAAGGUAAGGUCUUAUAUAUUCUAUGAGAGCUAGUAGCUCUUCUGUACACUACAAACAGUUCUUGGCAGUUAUAUACUUUUAUUUCCAAUGGUUUGACUUUGCAGACAUUCAAAAUGUCAUUUUUUCAUGAAUGAAUACCACAAAUUAUUUAGAUCUCGGCAAAUGAUGUCAUGUAAUUUCAAAGUCAUUGCUGUAUAUUUAUCUAUAUGUCAUUGGAAUAGGCUACACUUUCUAUAAUGUUUUGAUAUGUAAGAAAACUAUUUAAUAUAUGUAUAUUGAUUGUAAUUAAUGGUUCUGAAUACAUUUUAACAGUAUCAGACAUGUAUACUUUCAACUUGGAAAUGUUUUAUUAUACAUUUUUUAAACUGACUGUGCAUUGGUAUAUGUAAAAGACAAUGUAUAUGGUAUAUUAGAUUACGUGGCUUUAAAAGUGAAGUAUGUUUCUUGUAAUCAUCUUUAGACAGUAAAAAUUUUUAUAUUUUUAUAGCUUUGUUUAUGAUAUCAAUAUGAUUACAUUUAAUACAUUCUAUGUAAUGUCAUUAUUAUGCAAAAUUAAAUUGUUAGUAUUGCUUAAUAAUUAAUUGGUGCUUUUAAAAUUUUGUAAUAUAAUUAGAACAUAAUAUAUUUAUCUAUUUUAAUUAUACUAAAUUUGUAAAUCUAAUAAACACAAUACCGGAUCCUAUUAAAAACUUGCAUACAACUUUGUUGUAAAUCGCCAUUAAAUGGCACUGCAGCACAACAACUUCUAUUCAGUUCAACCAAUCACCAAAUUGUUGGUCUAUCUAGUUUUGCACUUACACUUUGGUAUAUUUAAGAUUCUUAUAACCGCUACAACAGGGCCAAUGUUAUUAAAAUAAAAAUUACAUGCAUGCAAAUUGCAACAUUUAACCGAAACCUUAUAGAAUUAUAUUAUAGAAAAAUAGGUUUUCGUUUUAAAAUUUUAUUCAUUUUUUUAAAAUAUAUUAUUUUUUUGUUUCUGUUAAGGUAUGAGGUCUUAUCAUGAUUCUGCAUCUAUAAAUGUCAAACUAUUUAUUAUAUCGUCGUUUCUAUAAAUAUUGUAGUAAAGUUUAAUUGUAAUUAACAGAGAUGUUAUUUGUCUAACCGCGUGUUUCUCUUCCGUCCAGUGUUGGCCGUAACGCCGUGCUUCAGAUAACCAGCUUAAAGGUUUGGCCAAAUGCGUACCUUCAGACCAAUAUACAUUUAUUUCUAAUUUUCUUUAUAUAUCGGGUUUUAUUGCAUUUAUUUAACUUUAUUUUUAUUCAGUCGUUCGGAUAUUAUAUUUUCAAUAUCAGUUAGUUCUUAUGGUCAAUAUAGUUCAAUAAGAUCACGAGUAGAAAUUACAAAUAAUCAUAAUUAUCUAGCUCUCAUGUAUUUUUUGCAAGAACAGCCUUGUACAGAUCUGUUUUUUAUAUAAGCAUGUGUUCCUUACAUUCAUAAAAUGCUUUUGACUAUUUGGAAUUUCUUACACUCAGAAAACUUCCAUUCAAAUAAAAAGUACUUUAUUCAACAAUAUUGUUUUUUUUUUCUAAAUACAAAAAAGCAGUCUGUACAAGACAGUUCUUAGCUGUUUUAACUUGAAAUUAUAAGCAGUCUGCUAUUGUCUGUCUCCGAAUUGCAUGUACUCUGCAUUGGUAUACUGUUUUUGUGCCAAAUAUGCAUUGUCAUAUAUUUUUCAAAUGUUUAGAUAUAGAUGUUGCAUGUUUAUUGUUUUUUCUUUUUUCUCUUUCACUUACCGCCGAUAAAUAAUUUAUAAAUAACAAUUUUUUAUAUAUUGCUGCAAGGUAUAUUGUUGUAUUUUUUUUUGUUUUAAUUCAAUAGUUUAAAAAUUUUAUGGAAUGUUUUCUUUUACUUUUAAAUUGUGUUGCAAUUCUAUGUAUAAUUUUUAAGUCUACUGAGGCUAUUAGUUACUGUUUUUGUCGUAUUCUUUCGUUUGUUCGAUGCAAUCAUGAUUAGAAAUCAUUAACACUAAUGGUAUACCUUGCUAGUAUUGAAAUAUUGUCUUUUAUUGGUGAAGGUACAUAACACUGUUUAUCACUAAUUUUUAUUUUAAUAUAACCAUAACAAACAAAUAUAUGUAAUAGAAAUUUUAAUAUAUAUUUUAAUUUUAACAAAUUAGGCUCAAAUGUUAAUUUUGUUUUGAUGAAUUGUUUUAGUUUUCAUUUUGUUCAUAAACUUAUAUAUAUACAUUGGAAUCUUUGUCAUGGUUAAAGUUUGCUCAAAUUUGAGCUCAAUGUCUAUGAGAAUACAUGUUCAGCUUUAUUGUAUACAUUUUCAUUUAUUUAGAUUUCAUAAUUGUAUACAAAUUUUACUCCAAAAUUGAAUUAAUAUUUCUGUACUUCAUUUAUUACAUAGAAGCGAGUCUGAUAUAUUUUACUGUUAUAUAAUUGUAUUGUUCUUUAAAUAAAUGUUUAAAGGCAAA